AUGUGUGGGAUUUAUUUUUCUGCCAGCCAAAAGGCGCAGAAUAUUCCUCAAUUCUUCCAGAAAUUCUUGGCCGUUCAGAAGUUUUCUUUUCUUGGACCAAACCAGACUUGCGUGUGUUUGAAUGGCGAUGAGGUCGAUGAGGUAGUAGAAAACGACAGAAAGCUGCGUACAAAAUUGACCAAGUCGGAUAAACGGAAACUCGAUCAGUUGCCCGAGCUUCGAAGAUUACAAUUGGAGCUUGUGCGGGCAAAAAACGCCAAAAAUGUACCUCUUACCGCAGAUCUACAGUCUGAGCUAGAGAACUUACAGAAUCUCGAAUUGAGCCCGGAUGCAGAAUAUUCAGCCGAACAAACAUUGAAGGCUGUGAUGGCUCGUGGACCAGAUUUCUCGUCAGUACUCUCAUUUGAACUGAAUGAAACUCAUUUCCUUCUUUUAUCUUCAGUUUUGUCGCUCCGACAACCUUACACGGAACAACCUAUGGCAAAUGAAGAAAUAGUUCUUCAGUACAAUGGCGAAUUAUACGGCCAGAACUGCUUGACUGGGAAUGAUACUCUGUUCUUGUUUAAGCGUGUUUCUGAUGCUUUAAGCCUGGUGCAUGGCGACCGCAGAAACGAUGCCAUUCUUCUGGCUCUAUCUGGACUCGAUGGUGAAUAUGCAUUUGUAUUGACAGACUUGAAAGCAAUGAAGGUAUAUUUCGGUAAGGACGUUGUUGGCAAACGCUCGCUUCUUCUUUGUAAAGAACUGGAUGAAAUUUUAAUUGCGUCUGUUUUACCAAACAAGACAGGAGACCUUCUAGAGUGUAAAGGUGGCAUUACUUACUGUUUGAACUUAAAGGACUUCAAACUCGAGGAAUUUCAGUCAUCCCGAAUUGACCUCGAGGGUAUCAAUUUCAAUGGCAAUAUCACGGCGGAAGAGAUAUCUUUAAAAGUGCUGGCGCUUCACUCAAAGCUCUCUUACGCCUGUCUCGUGCGACAAGAUACCAUUGAUCCCAUAUUCCAUCAUACAGGUACCAUAAACAUUGGUGUUUUAUUUAGUGGAGGUCUUGAUUGUACUGUUGUAGCUGCUCUUUUGGCUCAAAAUUACAUCAACGAGAACAAACGUGUUGAGAUCGAUCUUCUCAGUGUUGGAUUCGAGAAUCCACGCACGGAAAUGACUCCAGCAGAUCUGCCGGAUAGAAAGCUCGGAGUCUCUUCCUGGAGAGAACUCUCUCACUUGUUCGCGGGAACUUGUGUCUCGUUUCGUUUCGUCCAAGUGGAUGUGAGCUACGAGGAGUGGCUAUGCCAUAAGCCUGUGGUAACAGAUCUUAUACACCCUACGAGUACAGAGAUGGAUCUCUCUAUCGCCAUUGCCUUUUACUUCGCUUGUCGCUCUCGCAAUUGCAAAGCCAUUGAACUCAGUGAGCAAUAUAUGGAGACCGAAAUAGGCGACUACACUUCCCAAGCCAUUGUUUUAUUUUCUGGCUUGGGCGCAGAUGAAUUGUUUGGUGGAUAUUCUAGACAUGAAGGCGUCUUCAAUAAUGUUGAAGAGAAUGGAAUUGAACUUUCAGACCUCUACAUGGAAUUGAAUUCUGAGCUAGCCAAUGAUCUCGAUAUUAUCUACGAAAGAAACCUUGGACGCGAUGACCGUGCCAUGACGAAUUGGGGCAAAGAGCUCCGUUAUCCCUAUCUUGAUCAGCUGGUGAUCGAAUUCGCGUUUGGGGAGAUUGUACCAAAUCUCAAAGUGAAGUUUGAGUGGAAGGAUGUUACUACCAAGAAAGGCACCAAGAGAGUUAAAGUUUUUGAGCGGAAGUUUAUUUUGCGACAACUUGCACGGACAUUAGGACUCAAAAUUGCAGCUGAGGAACCAAAGAGAGCGAUUCAAUUUGGCGCCAAGACAGCAAAGAUGGAGAUCGGACUGAGCAAGGCCAAAGGCACCGAUUCUUUGCAAUCCAGUUGA